GCUUGAUUAAUUGACCGAGUUGGCAGCUUCUACAUUGUGCAACGCGAAACGAAGCAAAGAAUUGAAUAAAAAAACGUAUUUAGAAAGAUAAAAAUAUCGGCGAUAAAAUGACGGUAAACAAGCGCGACGCGAGCGCUUCGCGUCCGCGGUGCUUUUUUGACAUUUCGCUUGGCGGCUUGGCGGUGGGCCGCAUCGUGUUCGAGCUGUUUGCGGAUGUGGCGCCGAAGACGGCCGAAAACUUCCGGGCGCUGUGUACUGGCGAGAAGGGGGUGGGCCUGGUCACCGGCAAGAAGCUCCACUACAAGGGAGUCAUUUUCCACCGUGUGGUCAAGGACUUUAUGAUCCAGGCGGGCGAUUUCAGUGCGGGCAAUGGUACCGGCGGCGAGUCCAUCUAUGGCGGCACCUUCGAGGAUGAAAGCUUUGAAAAGAAACACGACCGCCCAUUCCUGCUGUCGAUGGCAAACAGAGGAAAGAACACCAAUGGUGCCCAGUUCUUUAUUACAACACAGCCUGCGCCACAUUUGGACAAUAUCCAUGUUGUAUUCGGUCACGUUAUUUCCGGCCAGGAGCUAGUGCGUCAAUUGGAGGAGCUGCCUAUCGACCGGAACUCACGCCCGCUGCAGGAUGCGGCCAUUGCCAACUGUGGGGAAUUGGUUAGGCAGAUCAAGGCCAAAAAGGAAAAGAAGCGAAGGAAGCGCUCUGUUUCCACUGACGACUCCAACAGCGAGGAAAGCGAGGAGGAAGUAAAGGCCGCCAGCAAGGACUCUAAAAAGAAGAAGCGCAGCCGCAAAGAGUCCAACUCGUCCGAGAGUGAAGACACUGACGCCCGUCGUGGAAACGGCCGGCAUGAGCAGCCUCUUCCGGAGGAUGACGAGGAACGGGAAGAAGGGGAACUGCAUCCGCUGGUCACUGUUACAAAAAUAGACCCCAACGAUAUCCCAGAGGUCUCUAACAAAUUUCUGAUGCGUGGCGACAGAUCUCGAUCCCGAGAUCGGGAUGAUCGCGGAGGUCGUGGACACGAUCGUGACAGGGGCAGGGGGGACAGGGAUAGGGAGCGGGACCGGGAGCGCAACCGAAAUGCCUUCGGUUGGUCAAAGAAGCAGGCGCCGCCAUUGUCACGCAGCGGGCGCAUCGUCAAGGGACGUGGAGUGUUUCGAUUCCGCACACCAUCUCGCAGUCGAUCCCGGAGCACAACGCCACCGCACUGGAAGCAUGCCCAGAAGCGCACCAUCAAACUAGCGGAUCUGGAGCGCAUCGAGGAGGAGUCCAAGAUACGCGACGAGGAGGUGAAGCGACGCGAGCUAGAGCGCAAGCGGCGUCACGAUGAGGCAUCCAAGAAUCCCAAAAAGUCGUUCUUUGAGCUGCCACAUGCGAGCACUUACGGAGAGAAGUCUCCGGACAAGUCCUCUUCGGAUCAGAAAGGAAAGGGAGGGACUAGGGACUCCGCCAAAGACACUGAGAAGGAGAAGGAAGGGGAGAAGGAGAAACCAAAGCCAGAGACGCCCAACAAACGGCGCAAGUCCGUGGACAUGAAUGCUCUGGACUAUGAGCAGCAAACGGAAUCCGAGCCGGAAUCCGAAGCCGAGGAGCGGGAGAAGGAGAAGCCAGCCCCCAAGCUGGAGAGCAAGGUUGAACUGUCUGCUAAGCAGGACCGUUUCUCGAAGCGAGACGAUAACAAGCCCGACGACAAAUUCAGGUCCAAGCGGAGUCGGUCACCCAUCCGACGACCGGGACAGAAUCCCAACCAACACCAGAAUCAGAAUCAAAGUCAGUUCAACCGCAAUCGCCGCAAUCCCUUCGCUGACAGGGAUCGUCGCAACCGAUCCCGAUCGGGCGACAAUGAGUACAGGAGUCGUUUUCCACUGUCUCCAAUCAGGAACAGGGACUCGCCAAGCGGCGAUCGUCGCAGGCAGCAGCGUUCCCGCAGUCGUGGCCGUAGGCAAGAGUCCCCCAAUCCCAGACGCCAGGAGUCGCCAGUCAGGAAGCCGCAGGACUCCCAAAGCCGGAAACAUCAGGAGGAAGAUUCGUUUGGGAAAAAGCGCCAAGACUCGCCCGGCAGAAAGCGCCAGGAUUCUUCAGGUAGAAGACCUCAGGAGUCUCCGAUUAAGAAGCGGGAAGAGUCCCAGACUAGGAAACGUACAGAUUCUUUAAACAAAAGGAACACGGAUGCCCAACCCAAGAAGCGACAGGACUCCCCGAACCGAAAGCGACAGGAUUCAGCGGGAAGGAGACAGGGAUCACCUGAUAAGAAGCGCAAGGAUUCGCCGGAUAGAAAACGUAAGGACUCGCCAGACAGAAAACGUAAGGACUCGCCAGACAGAAAACGCAAGGAUUCGCCAGAAAGGAAACGCAGGGAUUCCCCCGAGAGAAGACGCAGAGACUCACCCGACUCGAGGCGCCGGGAUUCUCCAGGCAGGAGGCGCAGGGACUCGCCUGGACGACGGCGAAGGGAUUCCCCAGGGCGUAGGCGUAGGGACUCACCAGGACGAAGGCGCAGUCGCAGUCGGGGACGCCGUCACAGCUCAUCGCGAAGUCCGCUGCCCAAGCUUACCUCGGCUCUGCCGCUGGACGAGGAAAAGGACAAGGCGAUGGCCCGUGAGAAGAUGCAGAAGCGCGUGGAGGCGGCGCUGCUGCUGAAGGAGCACAUGCGCAAGGAGAUCGCCAAAGAGGAGGAGAGGCGGGCCGAGAAGCAGCGCCAGGACGACUUGGAAAAGGAGCGAACCACUCGCGAGCUGAACGAACUGGAGCGCCUGAAGGCAGAGACUCUGAAGAAACUGCAGGACGAACUGCACACCUCUGAAGCUGGUCCUGCCGAAGGAUCUGGCACCAAGUCAUCAGCAGAGGCCAAGUCCGAAGGAGCUCGCGGCAAACGCGACGCAAGUCCCGAGGAUCGCCAUCGGGACAAGAAGCGAAAGCAUAAAAAGUCAAAGAGGUCCUCUGCGCGCUCGGACUCGGAAUAAGAUGCAUAUGUUAGGAAGCGGAAAAAUAUCCUAGACAGUAAUUGAUCCUUAGUAGCAGUUAGCCCUCUUUUUUUCCAACAUCUCCAUACUAUUAACACUUUCAGACAAAAUUGUAAAAAUCACUUCACCCAAAACUUACUGAAGAGCGUUCAAUAAAGGUAAACUUCACU